UGGAGUGAGGAACUGAGACGCGUCAGCUCGUUUGUGCAUCGAUAAAUAUCUGGAUUCUGUUGCGUUGAUAAAAUAUCCUUUAAACUCCACGCUUUGAAACCGAAUCGACGUUCUACUCCUAAACCGAAAUAACCGGAGGUCAUAUAGUCGGGGCAUCCAGCUGACAUCCACCGAACAGACGCGUGUCUUCACCGGACGGAUUUGGCCAUGUCCUCCGCGGAUGUGUCGGAGCAGAGCCGGCGCUGCUGUGUUUUGUCGUGGGAGCAGGUGCAGCGUCUGGACUCCAUCCUGGGAGAAUGUGUCCCGAUCCACGGCCGAGGAAACUUCCCUACACUCUCCGUUCAGCCACGGCAUAUCGUACAGGUGGUGCGUGCUCGUCUGGAGGAGCGAGGCGUAGCAGUGCGCGAUGUGAAGCUGAACGGCUCAGCUGCCAGUUAUGUGCUCCAUCAGGACACUGGCCUGGGCUACAAAGACCUGGACCUGAUCUUCGGCCUGAGUCUGACUGAUGACAGGACCUUCCGUCUGGUGAAGGACGUGGUCCUGGACAGCCUCCUGGAGUUCCUGCCUGCCGGCGUGAGCCGCGACCGCAUCACCGCCCUGACCCUGAAGGAAGUGUACGUGCAGAAGCUGGUGAAGGUUUGCAACGACACGGACCGCUGGAGCCUCAUCUCACUUUCCAACAACACUGGCAAAAACGUGGAGCUGAAGUUUGUGGACUCCCUGCGACGGCAGUUUGAGUUCAGCGUGGACUCUUUUCAGAUCGGCUUGGACUCGCUGCUGCUUUUCGACCGCUGCUCCGAGACGCCCAUGUCCGAGAGUUUCCAUCCCACUGUGCUCGGAGAGAGCAUGUACGGAGACUUUGAAGAAGCGCUGAGACACCUACAUGCCAAAAUCAUCGCUACGCACAGUCCGGAAGAGAUCCGUGGCGGCGGGCUCUUGAAGUACUGCCACCUGCUGGUAAGAGGUUUCCGUCCAGCGUCCGAAGCGCAGAUGAAGACGCUCCAGCGCUACAUGUGCUCACGCUUCUUCAUCGACUUCCCCGACAUUAAUGAGCAGCAGAGGAAGCUGGAGGCGUACCUGCAGAACCACUUUAACGGCAUGGAGCACAAGCGUUACGAUUGCCUUGUGACUCUCCAUCGCGUGGUGGAUGAAAGCACCGUGUGUCUCAUGGGCCAUGAGCGGAGGCAGACGCUCGCGCUCAUCUCCUCUCUAGCGCUACGUGUGCUGGCCGAACAGAACGCUAUUCCUGCACUGUCUAACAUUACGUGUUACUACCAACCGGCGCCCUAUGUCAGAGACGUCAACUUCAGCAACUACUAUGUAGCACAUGUGCAUUCGCCAAUUUCCACCUGUACCAACUCCUAUCAGACAUGGCUGCCUUGUAGCUGAGCCAUAAAGGGACGAAAACACUGCUGGGGAAUAUUUGCUUUUUUCAUAUGAUGUUUGGUUAAAAUCCUCAGACUUUCCAGGGGGAAUCUCUUUAAAACAAGUCUACGUCACAGUUCACAGAAAAAGAACAUAUAUUUUGCGUAAAGAAAUUACCAUUUCUCAAUUGUGAUUCUCGUUAGACUUUCAUAUUUUUUUAUGAGAAUUAAAGUGAAAAUCUAGAUAUUACAACAAAUACUACACAUUUUAGGAUUUGGAAAAUUAUUGUACUUAAUUUUUCUUAAAUUACGAUGACAAAAAAGUCUUAAAAGUAGGCUUACAUUUCUUUAUGCAUAAUAUAGUUUCUUAUUUUUUCCUUUUGAUUUUGGGCUGAAAUAUGACCCAGACAUGUUUUUUUUUUUUUUGUAAGGUGUCAUGAGAUUCACUAUCCAAUUUUACAAUUUUUUUCUUUUGUGCAAAAUUGGACAGAGACCAAAUGUGAGAUAUUGUGCUUCAUGUGGAUGCCACCAAUCCACCCCAGUUUCACUGAACUCUACUGUACUGGAAGACUCAAAAUAUUUCAGAUUGCUUUUUUGAAGAUUUUGUCCAGUGCGGAUGAAACGACAACAAUGAAAAUUGGGAGGAAUGUGGGAAAAUGUCUAAAGCACUUCUCUACUCUAUGUAUGUGUAACCCAUUCAUGUUUUAUAAGUGAAACAUUUUUAAGUUAUGAAACAGCUUUUGUUGAAGUUAUGAAAAAAAAAGAAAAGAAACAAAAUCAAGAAAACAGUAAAGCUGGGAGACUAUGUUCAGUUCUGACCGUGUUUUGCUACUUUCCUUGUUUGAAAAAACUGAGGACCAAAGACUUUAGAUUUAGCAGUUUAAGUUGAAUGUUACUUCUGUGACUUCAAGUGCCUGAAACCAACUACAAACUGACAUGUAUGUAAAUUAAAAAUGUUUAUUGUUUUGUUCUCCAGGCUACUGUAUAGUACAGUAUUUUUAUUUUCAGGGUAAUUUCCUUUCCAAAUCAUUAAAAAAAAAGAA